AUGGGUUGCACCGUGAUCACCUCCUGCGACUUUAAUCAUGACAGUCAGCCAUUCUGCAGCUUCACCCAGGACACGGCGGAUAACAGCGACUGGACCCGACAUAAAGGUCCAACUCCGACUCCUGGCACCGGCCCCAGCGGAGACUACCCAGAUGGAAAUGGAUUCUAUAUAUACCAUGAAUGCGACAACGUCUCCAAUGGACAAAAAGCUCGUCUGCUGAGCCCCUUGAUCACCUCAUCGGCAUCUAAGAUCUGCGUUCAGUUCCGGUACUACAUGUAUGGGAUCGAAAGCAACAAUUUCUUAAGGGUUCUGUCAAAACCAGCAGGCGGCGAAGAAGUGGAAGUCUGGAGGAGGGAUGGAUUUCAGAGUCCGUCCUGGUUGGCAGGUUCUAUCACCGUGCCCAAAGCAGCCGGUCAGAGUCUCAACAUUGUGUUUGAGGCUCAAAGAGGUUUCUCUGCAUCCUGUGACUCAGCAUUGGACAACAUUGUCAUCACUGAGGGGGAAUGUCCUGCUUGUGAAUCUAGCUGUGAUUUUGACGAAAUUGGUGAUCUGUGUGGGUGGACAGUCCACACCGAAAAUCCUGAGCUAAUUGGUUUUGAUCAGUGGAAUGGACAAACAGACACAGAGGGCACUGGACCUGAUGAUGACUUCUCUAAACCUGGGUUUGGAAAUUACAUGCUGAUGGAUUCUUACGAAGCUGUGGAAGGAGAAAGCUCUCAAAUCAGAAGUCCUGCGAUUCCAUCCCCCUCAGGAUGUUUGGAACUCAGCUUUUAUUACUACCUGUAUGGUACCAGCACCAAAAUGGAGAUCAGUGUCCACACCAUAACAGCAGGUGGAGGCCUUGGACCUUCUUUCUUCAGUGUUAAAGGAAACCAGGGUAUGGGCUGGAAGCCUGCAGAGGUCCGCGCCACUGGAACCGCUGAAACUCAGUUUGCAAUUGUCGGAACCUUUGGUGAAACCAUGAAGACAGAUAUUGCCGUUGAUGCCGUCUGUAUCAAGACCUGCACCGCUGAGUCAACAACACCAAAACCUUCUUCUCCUACACCAACUACACCUAAGCCACCAACUGGAGGGCCAACCACACCUAAGCCACCAACUGCAGGGCCAACCACACCUAAACCACCAACCCCUGGACCAAGUACACCUAGACCCCCUACUGGAGGGCCAACUACACCUAAACCACCAACCCCUGGACCAACAUACUUUGAGGUCCAUGCAGACAAUGAAAACCGACAUAACACACCCACCAUCUCCUACCUCAAGGCGGUUCAUGUACAUGUGUUCAUGACAAAGAUAUCAAUUCUCAAAGGUGGCACUGUGCAGGUAAAUGGGACCAACGUUAACCUUCCAGUGAGUCCAGCCCCUGGCGUCUCCGUUUUCAAGUCAGGAAAACAUUAUACUGUGUCCACAAACUUUGGCUUGACUGUUCGCUACGAUGGAAACCACUUCAUGGACAUUAAAGUGAUCAAGGACUAUGAGGAUAUACUGUGUGGACUGUGUGGAGAUUAUAACGGAAAUACCAAAGAUGACUUCCGGAAACCAGAUGGAGCCUUGGCAAGCAAUGCAAAUGAGUUUGGCGACAGCUGGAACACUGAUCCAGAGUGCAAUAAGAAACCUAACAAUACCAUUCCUGGAUGUACUAUAGAAGAGGAGGUGCUUUAUGAGAGUUCUGGAUACUGUGGUAUCCUGCUGGACAAAGACGGUCCCUUCGCUGCCUGCCACCCUAAAGUCAGCCCAAAUAAUUACUUCAGGGACUGUUUGUUUGACCUAUGUGAACUGGGUGGAGCCAGACCCAUUCUGUGUGAAGCUAUUGAGGCCUACGUCAAUGAGUGCCAGGACCGUGGGGUUAACAUCAGACCCUGGAGAAAUAAUACUUUCUGCCCACUGAACUGCACCGCCAACAGCCAUUUUGAGCCCUGUGCUGACCCCUGUCAAGAGACCUGCUCUGGAAAACCUCCCUCCUCCUGUGGUGGACCAUGCUCUGAGGGGUGUGUUUGUGAUCCUGGUUACGUCCUAAGUGCUGGAAAAUGUGUCCCGAAGAAUACCUGUGGCUGCACACACAGCAAUGGCCAGUAUUACGAGCCUGGAGAGGAGUUUUAUUUGGAGGACUGUAAGCUGAAAUGUAGGUGCGAUUCACCCUUUGUCACCUGUGUGGCCUCUGAGUGUGCUCCAACCCAUGAGUGCAAAGUCCAGGAUGGAGAAUUAGGCUGCUAUCCUAAACCCUGUCCACCAAAUGCAGAGUUUAUUGAAUGCGGACCAUCCUGUAUCCCAUCGUGUCAGGAACCUUCCACCAACUGCUCUGGACCCUGCGUCAGUGGUUGCUUCUGUAAACCUGGAUAUGUCUUCAAGGGAAAGCGUUGUGUUCCUCUAGAGAAAUGUGGCUGUUUGGAUGAUGGCAAUAACUAUUAUGAGCCUGGUGAGAUAGUAUCAGGAGAUGGAUGUUCAAAGCUUUGCCGCUGUCUGGGGAACUACACUUUUGACUGCGUUGAUAACUCCUGUGAUCCCACCGAAGAGUGUCGAGAGGUCAAUGGUGUUUCUAGCUGCUAUCCUAAAGAUUCAUCAACAUGCAUAGCAUCUGGAGAUCCUCACUACACAACCUUUGACAAACGCAAAUACAACUUCAUGGGCAACUGCAGCUACCUGAUGUCUGCACCCUGCAAUCACACAAGCCUGCCAUACUUUGAGGUCCAUGCAGACAAUGAAAACCGACAUAACACACCCACCAUCUCCUACCUCAAGGCGGUUCAUGUACAUGUGUUCAUGACGAAGAUCUCAAUUCUCAAAGGUGGCACUGUGCAGGUAAAUGGGACCAAUGUUAACCUUCCAGUGAGUCCAGCCCCUGGCGUCUCCGUCUUCAAGUCAGGAAAACAUUAUACCGUGUCCACAACCUUUGGCUUGACUGUUCGCUACGAUGGAAACCAUUUCAUGGACAUUAAAGUGAUCAAGGACUAUGAGGAUAUACUCUGUGGACUGUGUGGAGAUUAUAACGGAAAUACCAAAGAUGACUUCCGGAAACCAGAUGGAGCCUUGAGUGAGUGCAAUAAGAAACCUAACACUACCGUUCCUGGAUGUACUGCAGAAGAGGAGGUGCUUUAUCAGAGUUCUGGAUACUGUGGUAUCCUGCUGGACAAAGACGGACCGUUUGCUGCCUGCCACCCCAAAGUCAACCCAAAUAAUCACUUCAAGGACUGUUUGUUUGACCUAUGUGAACUGGAUGGAGCCAGACCCAUUCUGUGUGAAGCUAUUGAGGCCUACGUUAAUGAGUGCCAGGACCGUGGGGUUAACAUCAGACCCUGGAGAAAUAAUACUUUCUGCCCACCCUGGAAUCACACAAGCCUACCAUACUUUGAGGUCCAUGCAGACGAUGAAAACCGAUAUAACAGACCCACCAUCUCCUACCUCAAGGCGGUUCACGUACAUGUGUUCAUGACGAAGAUCUCAAUUCUCAAAGGUGGCACUGUGCAGGUAAAUGGGACCAAUGUUAACCUUCCAGUGAGUCCAGUACCUGGCGUCUCUGUCUUCAAGUCAGGAAAAUAUUAUACCGUGUCCACAACCUUUGGCUUGACUGUUCGCUACGAUGGAAACCACUUCAUGGACAUUAAAGUGAUCAAGGACUAUGAGGAUAUACUGUGUGGACUGUGUGGAGAUUAUAACGGAAAUACCAAAGAUGACUUCCGGAAACCAGAUGGAGCCUUGGCAAGCAAUCCAAAUGAGUUUGGCCACAGCUGGAACACAGAUCCAGAGGGUGGGGCACUAAAUUGCCCGUCCAACAGCCAUUUUGAGCCCUGUGCUGACCCCUGUCCAGAGACCUGCUCUGGAAAACCUCCCUCGUGUGGUGGACCAUGCUCUGAGGGGUGUGUGUGCGAUCCUGGUUACGUUCUAAGUGCUGGCAAAUGUGUCCCGAAGAAUACCUGUGGCUGUACUCACACCAAUGGCCAGUAUUACGAGCCUGAAGAGGAGUUUUAUUUGGACGACUGUAAGCUGAAGUGCAGGUGUGAUUCACCCAAUGUCACCUGUGAAGCCUCUGAGUGUCCUCCAAAGCACGAGUGCAAAGUCCAGGAUGGAGAAUUAGGCUGCUAUCCUUCUAGCUUCCAGGACUGCGUUGUUUCAGGGGAUCCUCACUACAAUACUUUUGACAAGAAGUACUACAGCUUUAUGGGAACCUGCACUUACACACUGGCCAGAACAUGCAAGAACAACACAGGUCCUUGGUUCUCUGUGGAGGCAAAGAAUGAAGAGCGGGGUGCGCCGGGCGUGUCCUACCUGAGGAAGCUCUACGUCACGGUGGAUGGAAUCACCGUCACCCUGAUGAAGGCCAGGAGAACUCUGGUGAACGGUCGGCGUGUGGCUCUUCCUCACUCGCCGUCUCCUCUCAUAUCCAUCAGUCUGGCCGGUCAGUAUGUCACCUUGGAGACGCCCUUCGGCCUGCGUGUGCGUUGGGAUGGAAAUCAUUAUGCUCAGAUCUCCGUUCCAAGCUCCUACUAUGACCAGAUGUGUGGCCUCUGUGGUGACUACGAUGGGAACCCAGACAAUGACUUCACCAAACCAGACGGCAGCCUGGUGGGAAACGUUAACGACUUUGGAAACAGCUGGCAGACAGAAGAGGAUGAGGAUGACUCGUGUACCGAAGGCACGAAGCCGGACCCAGAGUGCGACCCGAGUCUCGAGGCUGAGGUGGUGAAACCAGACCAAUGCGGCAGAAUUACAGACCCAUCUGGACCGUUCAGGGAUUGUAUCGGACUUGUCGACCCCACUCCAUUCUUCCAGAGUUGCGUUUAUGACAUGUGCCGGUACGGCGGCCAGCAGAGCGUACUGUGCGACCAGAUGCAAGCUUACACCGAUGCCUGCCAGAGCGCCGGAGCCAAGGUCCACGACUGGAGGACUCCAGACUUCUGCCCCAUCCCCUGCCCCCCUAACAGCUCCUACACCCUCUGCAUGAGCUCCUGCCCUGAAACCUGCCUGGGCGUGGUCGGCCCACCCGGCUGCGAGGACGUGUGCGUAGAGGGUUGUGAAUGUAACCCAGGCUUCAUCCUCAGCGAUGACAAAUGUGUCCCACUGAAGGACUGUGGCUGCGUGGACACAAGUGGGAAUUACCAUCCUGUCGGGGAUGAUUGGUACUUGGAGGGCUGUGAGCAAAAAUGCGAGUGCCAGGGUGGAGGUUUGAUCCAGUGCUACAACACCAGCUGUAGACCAACAACUGAGAGCUGCCAGCUGCACGAUGGGCAGUUUGAAUGCCGACCUGUCGGAAAUGGAAUCUGUUCGGUGUCUGGAGAUCCUCACUACACCACCUUCGAUAAGCGCACCCACAACUACAUGGGAGCAUGCUCCUACACGCUAACCAAACCCUGCAACAUCUCAUCUGGCUUGCCGUACUUCACCGUGGACACCCAGAACGAGCACAGAGGAAGCAACAAGAAGGUUUCCUACGUCAGAGCUGUGGUGGUCAACGUGUUCAACGUGACUGUGAUCCUCAACAAGGGCCGUAAAGUCCAGGUCAACGGGAAGGCGGCUGUAACACCAGUCACCCCCACCAGCGGGGUGGAUGUCUACCUGAGUGGGAAAUUUGUAGUUCUGGAAACAUCUUUUGGCCUGAGGGUGCGCUUCGAUGGUAACCACCAUGCAGAUGUCACCGUACCGACUUCUUACAACGGCCUACUCUGUGGCAUGUGUGGAAAUUUCAACGAGGACCCCAAAGAUGACAACCUGAAACCGGACAACACAGCAGCUUCUAACACCAACGACCUCGGCGACAGCUGGCAGGUGGCCGACCCGCGUCCAGACUGCACAAAUGGUGGAGAGGAGGAGGAAUGUGACGAAGACGUGGAGGAAGAGGCCCAGAAGCCCACCAGCUGUGGAAUGAUCAUUAAUCCAGAAGGAAUCUUUAAGCCAUGCCUCUUGGUCGUCCCGCCUGAACCCUACUUUGACAACUGCGUGUACGACAUGUGCGCCACCGGAGGCGAGACCGUGGCUCUGUGCCAGGCCAUCGAGAGCUACGCCGACCUCUGUGCUGCUGCAGGAGUCCCCAUCGCAUGGAGAGACAACACCUUCUGCCCCCUGAAGUGCCCAUCAGGCAGUCACUACGAGCCCUGCGCCCCUGCCUGCGCUCAGCCCAGCUGUCAGGACCCCGCCGGGCCCGGCGGCUCCUGCAGCCUCCCCUGCGUGGAGGGCUGCGUCUGCAACGAGGGUCUGGUCCUGAGCGGAGACAAAUGUGUUCCUUUCAACGAGUGUGGAUGUACAGACGCAGACGGAGAGUACAGACCGGUGGGAGACGCUUGGUUCACAGAGAGCGACUGUUCGGAGCGCUGUAAAUGCAACGGGAACGCAAACAUCACCUGUGAGCCGUGGCAGUGCAGUCCUGCACAGGAGUGCAAGGUGCUGGAAGGCGUCCUGGGCUGCCACUCCACAGGUAAAGGUGUGUGUCACGUUGCUGGAGACCCGCACUAUUACACCUUUGAUGGCGAGAUGCUCACGUUCAUGGGAACCUGCACAUACACGCUGGUGGAGGUCUGUGAUGCCAACAUGGUGACUCCUUUCAGAGUGGUGGCAAAGAAUGAGGAGCGCGGUCAGCCAGAGGCCUCCUACGUCCGCUCCGCUACCGUCUUCCUGCCUCACGACACCGUGGUUGAACUUCAGAAGAGCCGCAGAGUUCUGUUGAAUGGGCGGCGCGUGAAAACCCCGCUCACCAUCGAGGCAGCUGGAGCCAAAGUGAUAACAAGUGGGACCUUCACUCUUCUAGACACGAACUUUGGUCUGCAGGUGAAGUUUGAUGGAGUCCAUCACCUGGAAAUCACUAUUCCUGGAGAAUACUACGACAAGGUGUGCGGCAUGUGCGGAAACUUCAACCACAACAAGUCUGAUGAUUACCUGAUGCCCAAUAAGAAACCAGCAAAGGAUGUGAUUGAGCUGGGAAACAGCUGGAAGUCUGAGGGAGACAGCGACCCCGGCUGUCAGCCAGACACGCGUCCCGACGUCCACCCUAACUGCACCGAGGCGGAGGAGACGCUGUACGAGGCCCAGUGCACAGGGAUCCUCCAGUCCGACCGCUUCAAGCCCUGCCACGCCCUGGUGCCCCCAGAGGCCUUCACUGGUAACUGCGUCUACGACAUGUGUGAGUAUGACGGCAUGCAGUCCACGCUGUGCGAUAACGUGGAGGCCUACGCCCAGGCCUGUCAGAGCGCCGGGGUCACCAUCAGCUGGAGGAACGCCACCUUCUGCCCGCUGCCCUGCCCGACCAACAGCCACUACUCUGACUGCACGCCGCCCUGCCCGCCCACCUGCUCAGACCUGUUCCCCAUCACCUGCCACCUCCCACCCACCACCUGUGUGGAGGGCUGCCAGUGCGACGCUGGGUUCGUCCUCAGCGAUAGCCAGUGUGUUCCUCUAGAUAAGUGCGGCUGCCUGGACUCAGACGGAGAAUACCACGAUGUGGAAGACACGUGGCUGACGGAUAAUUGUGAGAAGACCUGCACAUGUAACAGCGGUGGAAACAUCAUCUGCAAGGACCACAGCUGCAACUCCAACUCAGUGUGUUCCCUGGACAAGUACGGAGACCGCUACUGCCAACCUGCCAAGUUCGACAGGUGCACCAUCUCCGGAGACCCUCACCACAGAACGUUCGACGGCUUCGCCCAUCACUUCCAGGGUCCGUACACCUACGUCCUGACGCAGGGCCACAAUCUGCAGGGCUCCCAGACCCCCCUGUUGGUGAGGGGGAAGAACCUCAGGCGAGGCAACAACAAGAAAGUGUCAUUCCUGGACGAGAUGUAUGUGGACGUCUACGGCGUCAACGUUCGUUUCCAGCAGAAGAAAGUAGUCCUGGUGAACGGGGAGCGCCUCACGCCUCCUCUUAGUCCGGUCGGCGGUUUAACCAUCACCAUGAACUCCAAGCAGGUCCAGCUCUCCACAGACUUUGGCCUUACCGUCCGCUUCGACGGCAAAAACCGCGGAGAUAUUAUACUCCCCAGCACCUAUAGGAACUCUGUCAGGGGACUGUGCGGGAACUACGACGGCAUCUCCAAGAACGAGUACAUGAAGCCCGAUGGGACAGUGGUGAAGAACCUGAACGACUUCGGAGAGAGCUGGAAAACCGACGACCGUCCGGCUGGACUGAGGACCUCUGAUGUUCACGCUACUGUUCAUGUCCACAGGCGAGAGGUGGAGGAAGAUCCAGAAACAGGAUUUGAGACGUCCGACUGCUCCAAAUCUGAGCUCAAUGACUACAACAGCGUAACAAAGUGUGGAGCGCUGUCCGACCCUAAGGGGCCGUUCGCCGCCUGCCAUGACAUACUGCCGCCUCAGACCUACCAGGAUGACUGCGUGUUUGACCUGUGCGCGGAGAAGGGCAGCGAGGAGCUGCGCUGCGGCAGCUACGACGCGUACGCCUCGGCGUGUCAGGAGGCCGGGGUUAAACUGGGAGCCUGGAGGAAGCAGCUGGACUGCGUCCUACUUUGUGGAGCCAACAGCACCUACUCCUCCUGCAUGACCGCUUGCCCGCCGUCCUGCGCCGACUUGGCAGCCCCCUCUGAGUGCGACAUCACUUCCUGCGUGGAAGGCUGCCAGUGUGCCGCCGGUUUCGUCCUGAGCGAGGGAACCUGCGUGCCGUAUCCAGAGUGCGGCUGCACCUUCCUCAACAGAUACUACCCUCUCAACGAGAAGUUUGUCACCGAAGACUGCUCCCAGUCCUGCGAAUGCACGAAAACCGGUGCGGUGUGCCAACCCAAGACCUGCCAGAAGGAUCAAGUCUGCGCCAUCUAUGACCUCCGACGGGACUGCUUCAAAUCGAGUCCCUGUCUCAGUUCUCCCUGCAUGAAUGGAGGAACGUGUACGGAAAGCAGUAACGCCACAUACUCGUGCACAUGUCCAGAAGGCUUCGAAGGAAAUUUCUGUGAAGUGGCGAUUAUUGAGCCCGCCCCUGGUGGAGGAUUGGCCACCAAGUGGAUAAUCCUGAUCGCAGUCUUGGUCCCGUUGGCCGUCAUCGCCAUCGUCGUCGUCAUCGCCGUUGUGUGUGUUUGCAAACGAAAAAACAAGUGA